GUGAUCAGAAGAAGUGUACCUGGGCUUCGUAAGCUCUAAAGGGCAAGAAAGCUUUUGAUGUUUCACCAGCCAAGUUGGAAAAAAAAGGAGGGAAAAAAAAAAAAAUGGCUACGAGUAUGAUCCCUCCUGUGAUACAGAAACUAGGCUCCCUACCGAUGGAUGAAGCUAAUUAUCUUUUACAAGCGAAGCCAGAAGUGGAGUCCCUCCGCAAAGAACUCAAUCUGAUGACUACCUCCUCUCUAAAGAAUGCAGAUGCAAUACAUCACAAAAGCGAACGGGCGAAAGAAUGGGCGAGACAACUUAAAGAGUUGGUCUUUGAGGCAAAAGACUCCAUCGACGUCUUUGUACGUAAAGUGGCGCAGAAAGGGCGAGGCGGUGUCGUUUCCAAGUUGCCAAAACUUCUUAUUAAUGCUCACCGGCUAAAAGGGAAAAUAGAAGAUAUCAAAGCUAAGAUCAAGAAGCUUUUAGAAGACAGAAUGAAUUAUGAUAUUAAGCCUUCAGAAGAGGAUCAAACAUCUGCUCAAGCUCAUCAAGGUGAAGCUUCAUGUGAGAGUACUAUAGAUAUUAUGCUGGUCGAUGUGGGGGGCUUUCAAAGCAAAGCAGAGGAACUGGUCAAGUUGCUGAUGGAAGAGAAGCCCCGUGGACAGUUCGGUGUUGUCUCAAUUACAGGCAUAGGCGCAUUGGAAAUAACCUUCCUUGCUUACAAAAUCUACAACAGAGAUGAUGUGAAAAAGCACUUUGAUUGUCAAGCAUGUGUUUAUAUAUCAAAAGAAUAUAAAAUAAGAGAUGUUUUGUUCAAUAUCAUAAAACAAGUUAUGGUGCUCAGAGAUGAGGAGGAAAAGGCAUUGGCAUUAGAGGAGGCUGAAAAGUUGAAGGAGAAACUUUCUGAAUUUCUCAGAGACAAGAAGAACUAUCUCUUCGUGUUGGAUGAUGUAUGGAGUGAAGAUUGGAAUAAAUUGAAACGCUUCUUCCCUGUUCCAUGCAACUAUCAGCAAUGCAGAGUGUUGCUAACAACUCGUGAUGAAGGUGCAAUCUGGCCUGCUGAACUGAUUGCUCCUCCAUACAAGCUACAACUUUUGGAUAAAGAGGGGAAUUGCACCGAGUUACCUGAUCGCUUGAAGCUUUUCUUUCCUUAUUUUGGGUUUUUCCCAAAAGAUACUAAGAUCCAGAGGGACAGAUUGAUUCGUCUAUGGGUUGCUGAGGGAUUUCUAGAACCAAAAGGAGAUUUAACAAUGGAAGAUGUGGGUGGAGAGUGCCUUGAGGAGUUAAUGCAGUGGAACUUGAUCCAAGUUGAGAAGUGGAAAUCAAAUGGAGUACCUGACACAUUUAUUAUUCAUGAUCUCUUCUUAAACUUAGCAAUAUCAAUGGCCAAGGAAGAUCACUUUCUUAAAAUCUCCACUCCUCAUCAUGAGUCCUGGAAAUAUUCUCGUCGUGUAGCCCUCCAUGAUAAUUGUAGAAAAGAUACUAUGGCUGAAGUUUUAAGCGUUUCCUCCUCAUGGAGUGGUUCUUCAAAUCCUCUCCGCUCAUUGCUCUGCUUCACUAAAAUGAACCCAACUCUUUGUGGACAGUUCAAACUACUUAAUGUGUUGGAUCUAGAAGGUGCCCCAGGUAUUGAAAGCUUACCCAAGGAAAUAGGAAACCUCAUUUCUCUCAAGUACUUGAGUUUAUGUCGAACCAGCUUGAAAGCUCUUCCACCUUGGGUUGGUAACUUGCAUAACCUACAGACUCUCAAUCUAUACAAGACUAUGAUUCAAUCAGUCCCCAUUGAAAUAUUUGAAUUGGAUAAAUUAAGGCAUCUUCUAUGCUUUAGCAAGUGCUGGGUGUGGGAAUCUGAUCCUUUCAUUGUUGAGAGUGUCAGUAGGGCUUCACAACGUCUUUCUCCUGCACGCAUCCAAAAUUUAAGAGAUCUCCAGACACUAUGGUUUCAUUCAAGCAGUUGGAUAAAGGGUGGCCUCGAGAAAUUAACCAAUCUCAGGGAGCUGGGCUUAUCAGGUUUUGGUGCACACAUAGAUCACAAGGAUGCAUUGUACAGGGCCCUGUCCAAACUGCAGCGCCUUGAGGUCCUAUACUUGGUGCAACUAACAUUGUCAGGAUGCUACCAAAUACAUCUCCCUUCAUUUUCGAGCCAUUCAUAUCUCUAUGAUAUCACCAUUAUUGGAGUAUUGCCGAACCUCAGUAACUUACCAUCGAAACUCACUAGAUUGAGAUUGGCCUCCAGUAAUCUGGAGGAAGACAUGAUGGAGACGCUCGAGAAGCUACCCAACUUAAAAGAACUUAAAUUAGAUCCGUUCACAUAUGUUGGAGUAGAAAUAAAAUGCACUGAAGGAUGGUUUCCAAAACUCGAAAAUUUGAGUCUUCGUCUGUUUCCUUCUUUAAUGCGUUGGAUAGUGGAGGACAGAGCAAUGCCUAAUUUAAAGACAUUGGAAAUUAAUUCCCUUAUGGAGUUGAGAUGUAUUCCACAUGGGCUGAGACACAUCACUGGACUACAGCGACUUUCAUUAGAAAUGCCACAGGAGUUCCUUGAUAGGGUUAAAAAAGGUGGAGAAGAUUGGCAGCAGAUCAGCCAUGUACCUUUCAUCAUGACAAGGGAAGUGCAUCACAUCCCAAAGGCAGAUAUCAUGUCCCGAAAUCUUCCUAGGGACAUGAAGGAGCUCUCCUGUAGCCAACCUCGCAUCUAGAGUCAGUGAAUCUCUCUCUCUCUCUCUCUCUCUCUCUCUCUCUC